AUGGGGACAAACGAGACCCUAUUGAGCAUAAACAGAACAAUUUUCAUUAAUGCUACGUUCGACAACUAUAAUUCAGACCCAGACAGAAAAUUUAUUUACUAUAAUGUUUCCAUUGAUAUGCCAUCCAAGAUAGUAUCCGAUGGCAUAUGGGGUAACAAAAAUUAUGGCGCUUUACUCUCAAGAUCCACAAUGCCAGUGUUAGAGCUUCAAAUUCUCACCAUUUUUGUCAUCACGCAAUGCUUUCAUUUUGUGCUUAGGCGCCUUGGCUUCCCUUAUUUCGUUUCACAAAUGAUGGCAGGGUUUGUUCUAGGCCCUUCUCUGAAGAUAGAAGCAUUGGCCAAAUUCAAAGUGAUGCUGUUCCCUUACGGGAGUGAAGACGUAUUGAACCUAGUAACAGGGAUUGGAUACUUAUUCUUCCUGUUCCUAAAUGGGGUGACUAUGGAUUUCAGCAUGAUAACAAAAACUGGGAAGAAAGCUUGGACAAUAGCUCUUUCGUCCCUUAUGAUUCCCACUUUCAUUGGUCUCUUUGUAUGCUACAGUUUCAUGGGGUACUUACAACAAUCCCUAGGAGAGUUCGAUGGAGGAAAACUUCCGGUGAUAGUAGUGGGCCACAGUGGUGUUUCCUUCCCCGUGGUAGCUUCUCUACUCUCUGAUCUUGAGAUAUUGAACUCUGAACUUGGACGCUUAGCACUCUCAUCAGCAUUUUCCAUGGAUGUGAUAAGCGAAGUUAUGAGGGGAUUUGGCACUGCUGUUGUGAGUAGCCUUAAACUCGAUUCUCACGAUAAAGGUGAAGGAAAGGGACCUAAACUUGCACUCAUCACUUCCAUAAACUAUGUUGCUUUCAUGACACUUACGAUUGUGAUUGCACGCCCGGCAAUGAGGUGGGUUGUGAGGAAUACCCCAGAAGGAAGAUCUGUGAAGAAAACACACACAUCAAUGGUGAUUCUCAUGGCCAUAUUGGUAGGGUUGUUUGGAGUUGUGGCUAACCAGACAGUGUUAGGUGGGGUUUUACUCGUUGGUCUUCUUGUGCCAGAAGGUCCUCCAUUGGGCUCUGAAUUGGUGAAGCAGCUUGAGAUGUUCAACACAUGGUUCCUUGUUCCAAUCUUUGUCACGUGUUGUGCCAUGAAGGUCGAUGUUUCCACGCCUAUUAGUUCCGAGUUGGUUCUAGUUGUGGUUACCAUUGUUGUUGUUGUGCAUUUGGUUAAGAUGCUUAUAACUGUUGGGAUUUGCCGCUAUUGCAACAUGCCCAAAACGGAUGGUUUCUGCCUCGCUCUCUUGUUGAGCUGCAAAGGUGUCGUCGACUUUGUCAACGACGUCUUUCUCUUUGAUUCAUUUUUAAUGAGCAAUGAAACUAUCUCCAUGAUGGCUAUAUCAGUGCUUGUGUUGGGAAGCAUUGCACGCAUUGGGGUGAAAUCCUUAUACGACCCAGCAAGGAAAUACGCAGGGUAUCAGAAAAGGAACAUACUGAACUUGAAACCCAAUUCAGAGCUUCGGGUUGUUGCAUGCAUCCACAAACCAAGCCACAUAAAUUCCGUAAAAAAUGUUCUUGACAUUUGUUGCCCCACAACAGCCAACCCCUUAGUGGUUCACGUCUUGCAUCUGAUUGAGUUAGUUGGUAGAUCCUCUCCCAUCUUCAUCUCACACCGUCUCCAAGAAAGGCUUAGCUCAGGCCACAACUACUCUGAAGAUAUCAUUGUAACAUUCGACCUCUUUGAACAUGACAAUGCUGGCACUGCAUCAGUUAGCACCUACACAGCCGUUUCUCCACUACGUUUCAUGCAUGAUGAUAUUUGUUACCUUGCAUUGGACAAACUCGCUUCCAUCAUCUUACUUCCAUUUCACAUAAGAUGGGGUGAGGAUGGUGGUGUUGAAUCAACUGAUGAAAACAUGAGAACUCUCAACUCUAAGGUCCUUGAAAGAGCACCAUGCUCCGUGGGGAUUCUCGUGAACCGAAGCUCUUCUUCUUCUACUCAUCAAAGCCCUUUAAUGAAGCAAAUAGCAAUGAUCUUUUUGGGGGGUGCAGAUGAUAGAGAGGCACUGUGCUUGGCUAGGAGGACCAUCAAAGAUUAUGAUUGUAACUUGGUUGUGUACCACUUGGUUUCUAGCCAAAGUGAGGCAAAUUGGAACCUCAUGCUCGAUGAUGAGGUGCUGAAGAGUGUUAAGGGCUAUUAUGGUACCAUUGAGAAUGUGUCAUACGAAAAGGUUUCUAUUGAGCAACCUUCUGAGACCACUGCUUUUGUGUCGGAUAUUGCAAAUCGGCAUGAUUUUUUCAUAGUUGGGAGACGUAAUGGGAUCAAAUCGCCACAGACAGCAGCACUUGAAAGUUGGACAGAGUUUUCUGAGUUGGGUGUGAUUGGAGAUUUGCUUGCUUCCUCUGAUACCAAUACUAAUGCUUCAAUUCUAGUUGUGCAGCAACAACAAAUGCCCAAGUCGUCAUGACCAAAGAGAUACAUACAUAUACACUGUAACCAGAAAGUUAAUUACUGAUUGUUUUCAUAGACAAAAAGAUUUGAAUGUUGUAGCUCAAUUUUGUAAAUAUCAGCAAAAGUAAAUUUCCAUACAACACUUCUGUAAAUUUCUUCUGAUCUCAGUGAGUCCUUUCAUGUAACACUUUUUAAUAGUGAUUGAUUGGUUUUAAAGGAUUAGAAUUAUUGGGACUUAAA